GAUUUAAACUGAGAGACGACAAUUACAGCAGGAAGCACUGAAGACCUGAAGUAGUGAAAAAGUUCAACUUCAACCUGCUCCUGACUGGAAAAACAUGAGUCAAAGUGCAGGAAACACAACUGACUUCCUGUUUCAAUGUCUUGCCUGCUGUGUUUUUCUUUUACAUGAAACACACUCUGUGUUACAUGUGAAGCAACAGCAUUUAUUAAAAGAGGUCUGACAAAGCUUCACCUCUCAGCUUAGUCACCUGAGACAAAGCAGGAAACAGUUUAUUCUUCGUCUCUAAAGAGACACAGACUGAAAAACAGAUGAUCAGAUUAACCGUCAGACCAAACUAACAACUUCCUCUGAGUGAGUACAGCUACAGGAGAGAAAAGUGGAAAACUAGAACUCUGCUGUUUCAACCUGCUGACUCUCCACACACUGAAUCUUCACUCGGAGACAAAAUGGCUUCCAGAUCAGAGGAGGAUCUCUGCUGUCCGGUCUGUCAUGACGUCUUUAGAGAUCCUGUUGUUCUGUCAUGUAGCCACAGCUUCUGUAAAGACUGUCUGAAGAGCUGGUGGAGAGAGAAACCAACACAUGAGUGUCCAAUUUGUAAGAGAAGAUCUUCAAAGUCAGAACCACCUCGUAACCUGGUGUUAAAGAACCUGUGUGAGUCCUUCUUACAGGACAGAGAUCAGGGAGCGUCAGAGGCUCUCUGCAGUCUGCACUCUGAGAAACUCAAACUCUUCUGUCUGGACCAUCAGCAGCCAGUGUGUGUCGUCUGCAGAGAUUCAGAACAACACACCAACCACAGAUUCAGACCCAUCAAUGAAGCUGCACGACAACACAAGAAGGAACUUGAGGAAACUCUGAAGCUCUUAAAGAAGAAGUUAAAGGUUUCUGAACAAGUUAAAGUGAAGUUUGAUCAAACAGCAGAACACAUUAAGGUCCAGGCCGGACACACAGAGAGGCAGAUUAAGGAGCAGUUUAAGAAGCUUCACCAGUUUCUAGAAGAGGAAGAGGAGGCCAGGAUGGCUGCUCUGAGGGAGGAAGAGGAGCAGAAGAGUCAGAUGAUGAAGGAGAAGAUGGAGGCUCUGAGCAGAGAGAUAGCAGCUCUUUCACACACAGUCAGAGCCACAGAGGAGGAGCUGAGAGCUGAAGACGUCUCAUUCCUGCACAACUACAAGGCUGCAGUGGAAAGAGUCCAGCGCUGCCCCCUGCUGGAUGAUCCACAGCUGCUCUCAGGAGCUCUGAUAGACCAGGCCAAACACCUGGGCAACCUGACCUUCAACAUCUGGAACAAGAUGAAGGAGAUGGUCUCAUACACUCCUGUCAUUCUGGAUCCAAACACUGUUUAUCCAGGACUCAUCCUGUCUGAAGAUCUGACCAGUGUGAGACUAGGAGAGAAACAACAGCAGCUUCCUGCUAAUCCAGAGAGGUUUGAUCACUUCUGCUGUGUUCUGGGCUCUGAGGGCUUUGACUCAGGGACUCACAGCUGGGAUGUCGAGGUUGGAAACAGUUCAAACUGGUCACUGGGUGUGUUAUCAGAGUCUGUCCAGAGGAAGGGAAUCAUACUGUCUGGAUUAUGGACAAUACGGUUCGAUGAAGGUGAAUACUCAGCAUGGUCACCACCAGGUCUCCGCACUGAUCUCCCAGUAAAGAAGAAGCUCCAGAGGAUCAGAGUGAAUCUGGACUGGAACAGAAGAAAUCUGUUGUUCUCUGAUCCUGAUACUAACACACACAUACACACCUUCAAACACACUUUCACUGACAGACUGUUUCCAUUCAUUAGCACUGGGGAUAAACUCCCACUGAAGAUUUCCCCACUGAAGGUCUCUGUGACAGUAGAACAGAGCAGUUACAGACAAAAAGUAUGGUUCUUUUAAUUACUGUCAUUUAUUUCUUAAAGGGAAAAGUCGCUGAAUUUAACCUCUGAAGCUUCUGUCCUCCUGCUGUCUCAUUAUUCCAAAAUAUGUUCAUGUUGUUUCACUUGUUGCUGUUUUUGUCAAACAUAAAAUGAUUCAACUUAUUUUCUGAUCUUUAU